AUGCUGAGCCAGCGCGGCGGCCGAGGGGGGGGCAUAUAUACCAGCGGCAACAUUAUUGUGAUUCUCACGGUCUACGUAGACGACAUUCUCAUCACUGGAGGAGACCAGCAGCUCGUGAACCAGAAGAAGAACAAGCCCACGGAUCGAUUCGAGAUGACCGACAUGGGAGAGGUAAGGCGGAUCCUCGGGAUCGACGUAGAGCGGGAUUGCGAGCAGGGAACCCUGGGCAUUUCAUAGGAGCACUACGUGAAAACACCU